CUGAUGUAAGUUCCUGUAACAUUCUUUAAUAUUGAUACCAAGAGCUCCGUCCUUCAUUCGUUUAAGUUACUCCAUAACGGUUAGAUAUUUAUUGAAAGUGUUCUUUGGGAAGCCAUGAGCGUAUAAGCGGAGGAAGACAAUAUCUGCAUAGUUUCUGAAGGUUUCGGAUAUUUCAGUGGUCGCCAUUUGCUUCUGAGGAGUAAAGGUCUGUCAAGGUCUAGCUAAAGCCAGCAAGUAACUAUAUUCGUCUGCGCCAUGGAAGGGAUAAACCUACAAAGAUUUCGCCGUGGCCUCACCGAAAAUCUUGAGGAACCAGUGAGAAAGCAUCUGAAGAAUGUGUAUGCCACCUUUACCCUGGCCACCAUUGCCGCCUCAGCUGGUGGCUAUGUUCACAUGUUUAGCUCCUACAUUGGAGCUGGGCUGUUGACUGGCUUGGGAGCUUUUGGAACACUGAUCUGGCUUAUGAUGACUCCUUACAAUGACAAGAACCAGAUCCAGCGCCUUUCUCUUCUUGGCACCUUUGCUUUCCUUUCUGGAUGCAACCUUGGUCCUCUUCUUGAUCUGGCUGUUAUGGUCAACCCUGCUCUGAUUCUACAAGCACUGCUUGGCACAAGCGUGGUGUUUGCCUGCUUCUCCCUGUCUGCCCUGUAUGCUCCCCGAGGCCAGUAUUUGUACCUGGGUGGCACAUUGCUGUCUGCACUAUCCACACUCUUCUGGCUUUCCAUGCUCAAUAUCUUCUUUGGGUCUCGUCUGCUCUUCCAGGUGAACUUGUACGUUGGACUAGCUGUGAUGUGCGGCUUCAUUGUUUAUGACACACAGAAUAUUUUGGAAAAGGCUCGUCGUGGAGACAAGGAUUAUGUAAUGCACAGCGUAGAACUCUUCAUUGACUUCAUUGCUGUUUUCAAGCGUCUUCUCAUCAUCCUGACAGACAAAGAGGCUCAGAGUAAGAAGAAGAGGAAGGAUUAAUGCAUCAACAUUUAGUGUAGAUCAUAAAUAAUAGUUUUAAGUUUGUGAUAGCAAGAAAAGUGUCACAGGUUUAUUAUACCAAUGUCUACGAUGGAUUUUUUUUUCCUUUUUUUUAUGUUGAUCAAGAUUGCUGUCAAAUUUUUAGGUGUUUGGUUUUGAAAUUUGAUGUUCAGUUCAGAAGCAGCAACUGUACUUGAGACGUCAAGAAGAAGAUAACAUGGAUGAAAAAAUUGUCAAUGCAGCUUGAUGGAAAGAAAGAUGGCUUAUUUGUGUGAGGGAAGUUACACAAGAUGUUUUGAUCAUAGUACCAUACUCUAUGUGAUUUGGGCAAGAAUUGGAAUGAUGGAAAUCUGACAAAUUUAUUAUCACUGUGCUGCACUUUGCUCACCUAUGUCUAGGAGCCAGUACAAAAUGCACACAAGUCGUGUUGCCUCGUACAGUUACUUUGUCAGGAUUUCUCCCUCAAGUAUCAUACCACCUGGUAACUUCCAACCAAGCAUCAACAAUUUGGUUCUCCAGCAUGUGAGGACAUGUUCCAUUUAUUAUGGCAACCAGUCAUACUUUUUUGUACUUUGAGAUAGGAUAAGGUCAUCAUUUGUAAGAUACAAAUCACACACACAUACAUAUUUUGAGCAGUAGUUAGUACCUAUGUUGUUUGUGUAGCUCUGGUUCAUUUAACACCCAUGCCAUUGUCCAAAAAACAUUGAUCAGGGGUACAUUUUUGAGACCCAAGUGUGUGGUAUACUAAUUAUCCAAGCCUAAAUUAGGCAUUGAUUUACAGAUGAUUUCAUACAUCCCUUCACAGAAAUCUCCACUCUGCUUUGUUUGUACAGACUUGGAAAGUUAUUGUUUAGUUAAUUUUUGUGUAUACAGGUAUAGCAGUGAAGGAUGAAUUAAAGCUUUACACCAAAUCAUGGAAAAUGGCUCAUCAUCAGUUGGGUCAUUGUGAAUACUAUAUAUUUUACCCCAUAAAUAUGAAUAGAUUUUAUAAAGUAUUGGCGCCUUCACUUGGUUUUCUGUAUUCGUAGUGCGAGUUUUGUUGCCACAGCAAGUGGAAUUACUGUGAUUUUCUUCAAAGAAACUAAUCAGUGGUGUGUGUAAUAUUAGAGAUGUAAUGUUUAUAAUUAUGUUAUAUACUGUACAUUAGUAAAGGAAGGGUUAAUCCUAUGUAGUGUAUAUUGUCGUUUCAUUAUGAAUAAAAAGUUUUAUGCUUUUAAGUUCACAUUUCAGAAGGAUUUUGUUAUAGCAAAUACAGAAUAUUAAAAUUAAGGAUAUUUGCUUAUGUUAUGGUACUUUGCAUAUUUUUGCUUUCUGUUGGGGUAAUUUUUUGUAAUUAUGGUAUAUUUUUAGACUACACUUACAUAAUCAUGAACAUCUAAGCUGAUGUAACUAAAAGGAUGCCCAUGAUUAAGCACUUCUUUUUAUAAUGGUCUGUGGCUUUCACAAGUUCUUGCUUAAAAAAUGGUAAAAUAUUUUGUCCAGUUUAUAUAUUUUUAUAAACUUUCCAUAAUACAGAAUAGGUAUUCGUGAAAGAGAUGGCACGUUUUAAUUUUUGGAAACUGCCGACAGAAUGCCACAAUAAUGUUCGGCAGUGAGACAGUGAGUUGAAGGACACCACCACCUGCCUUUAAAUAUAAUAGGUAACCCCAGAUGGUAUGACCUGGUCUUUGUCUUAUCCAUUAAUAAUGAAUAGCCUGGAAUGUGUAGCUGAAAGGCUACUUAAUCUCGCAAAGCCCAUCACCAUUAUUGAAGUAGUAAUGUUUUCUGUAGCACUUUACUGUAUGAAUUACUUUGGCAGAGUCAUCCCACCAGAUAAUAUAUUGAAGCAUUUAUAUACCUAAACAUGGAGGAGUGACUCAAUGAAAAGUGUUGUGAUUUUGUUUAAGUGCAGGAAACCUGGGAUAAGGACUUGUUUCAUGGACUGUUGAUGAUGGUGUGACCUAAAUUUUCUUCCUUCAUUUGAUUCAUCAUGAAGUAAUUUUUUUUCUAUUUUAAUAAACUUCAAUAUCUUAGUUACCUGGAUCCUGAUUAUAUAUGUUUUUAACUAUCCCUCUAUAUCUUAAUUAGUGUGAACAUAUAUGUAAAGAUACUGUGAAAUUGGCUUGAAGUACCAUGUUCAAGAUGGUGAAUGAUCUGCAUUUUGGUAACCAAAUGUAGGUACUAGAGAUACUGUUGUUGAUUAUACAAUCGACAAUAUAUGAGUGUGUUGUCAGAGAUGGUUAAUUGGAGAUUUGUGAAAAAUUACUGUACUCAAUAUUUUCUUGAUGUCAUAAUUAUCAAUAAAAUACUUUUCAACAUU